UUCCUCCCCCGAUCUGCAGACCCCCAUCACCCAAGCUAUUCUAAUUCGAAAUCCGUGGCUCCCAAGCUAGACAUCAGCAUAAAUCCUCGCCAAUCAUUCGCUCCAUCAUGCAAGAAACCCGCCCUAUAAUUGCCCUCGACCUGGUCUUUCUGCUGCUGGGUCUAAAUAAUCGGACAAGAACAGGACGGGUUUGAGUUUCGCCAAGAACAUAUCGUUCUUACUCAUUCGUCAGUUAUAAUAUAGAGAGAGAAAGAGAAACGCAGAGAGAAUGGGGAAAGAGAAAGUGGGUUUGGUGGCGUUGGUGUUAAUUGUGUCGAGCUGGGCUGUUUCAUCCGCCCCCUCUUCUCCUUCUUUCAGAGGUGAUCUGAGCAGAGGGAAAGCGUCUUUGACUUUCGGGUCGGCGUCGUCGUCGCUGGUUCUCAAUCGGGUCGGGUCAUCCGUUGUCCUUCCACUCGACGGCAAUGUUCAUCCAAUUGGGUCAUAUAACGCAACUGUCUACGUCGGGCAGCCGCCAAAGCCUUACUUUCUUGAUCCCGACACUGGUAGUGACCUGACUUGGCUCCAAUGUGAUGUCCCUGGUGCACAUUGUACCCCGACACCACAUCCGCGUUAUCCACCCAGCCGUGACAUAGUAGAUUGCAGUGACCCAAUUUGCGCGUCCCUGCAUUCAGGCGACUACAGAUGUGACCACCCAGAGCAAUGUGACUACGAGGUGGAGUAUGCAGAUGGCGGCUCUUCUCUUGGUGCACUUGUAAAGGAUGUCGUUUCUUUCAGGUCCUACAGCAGCGGCAGGGUUCUUAGUGCUCGUGUCGCCCUUGGAUGUGGAUAUGAUCAGAAACCAAGUCCGUACAACGUUCCUUUCUUAGACGGAGUGCUCGGGCUCGGUAAGGGAAGGUCCAGCAUUGUAUCACAGCUAAGUAGUCGAGGUUUGGUGGCGAACGUACUAGGCCACUGCUUGAGUACGCGUGGUGGUGGAUUUCUCUUCUUCGGUGAUGAUCUUUAUGACUCCUCCCGCAUCUCGUGGACGCCUAUGUCUCGUGAUUACCCAAAGCACUAUUCUCCUGAGACCGCGGAGCUCCUUUUUGCGGGGAAACCUACUGGACAGAAAAAUUUGUUGCUAGUUUUUGAUAGCGCGAGCACUUAUACUUACUUCAGUUCUGAGGCAUAUCGAGCCUUAUCUUUGAGGGUGACAAAUGAACUGGAAAAACUAAGUGGAAAGCCCUUCACCGAAAUACGCGACCCCGAGCUCCCACUCUGCUGGAAAGGCUGGCAGUCUUUCAAAAACAUCCGUGAAGUCAGGAAGUACUUCAAACCCUUUGCACUCACCUUUAAUAGCGGUAAAAGAACCAAAACCCAAUUUGAAGUUCCCCCUGAAUCAUAUUUGAUUAUAUCGAAAAUGGGAAAUGUCUGCAUGGGAGUUUUAAAUGGAACUCAAGAAAAACUCGGAGAUACGAAUGUGAUUGGAGACAUAUCGAUGCAGGACAAGAUGGUGAUCUACGACAAUGCUAACCAUUGUCUGGGAUGGGCUUCUGAAGAUUGCAGUCAGCUUCCAAAGUCCAGAGCAUUUGCAGCCUAAUUGACAAGAAGCUCCUCAUCGUAUCUCUGUACUUCCAGAUUAGAAUCAUGGAAAUGCUGGGCUUCAAAUCAAGCCUUCUCCUAACAAGCUUAUCAUAGCCAAGUCACUUGUAAAAUAAGCCAUGACUAAUGUUUUUUCCUUUGUCUUACUGGACUGGAUGUUAUGUGUACAAUAAAAUUGCUUACGGGUACACCCAAAGCCAAUUCAAUUACAGCCACGCUUAAUAAGUAUUGCAAUGCUGAGAUCAGUAGAAACCGAUCCUUAUUCA